GCUCCGCUGGCAGUCAGCGCUGCGGGUCCGCUCCUGCUGGAGAGCCUGCGCAAGCGGUGAGCAGAUGAGCCGUCCUUGAUGCUGCUGGCCAGGCCUGACGGAGAACCAGCGGCCCCAGGGUCAGGCUGGGAUCAGAGAGGCUGCGUGUCCGAGGCUGCCGCGCCGUUUCCCAGGCGCGUGGCUCUUCUUUGGUUCCUUCCGGAAGCAACGGCCUUCGCGGACCUGUGACCCGGCAGCAGCCCGGGCCCCCGUCGGAGCGAUGUGGAAUUCUUCAUUGGAACAUGUGCUAAGCCCUGGCACUAAGAAUAAGGAGGUGAACAGCCGAAAACAACACUGCAGGAUGGGUCAGGCUGCUGGUGUCGGGGAGUGGCAGUGGACUCAACAGGACCCUCAGGUUUGACCAUCCUCACCUGGAAUAUUUCCAGUGGUCUCAUGAUCCUGAUUUUGGCUGUGGGUUGAACUGCUCAGCUGAAACUUCUGAGAAGUCACUGGCUGGAAUUUCAGAUUAUCUUGAGAACAGACCAGCAACAGAAGCUCCGUAGUGACUGGAGCCCUCCACCUGCAAGAUGAUGUCUCCACCAGCAAGAAAGCCAUCACCAGAUGUGGCCUCCCAAACUUGGGCCACUGUCACAACCAGGGUCACCGUAGGUGCUGUAGGAGACUAGCCAGUGUUACUCCCAGUACACUAGAUACAAAGAUACCUCCACAAUGAGUGGUGACAGAUCCUCCCACACAGAGGAGGAGGUGUUCCGGGGAUAUGAGGUCCUCAGAACACUUGGCAAGGGCAGCUUCGGCAAGGUGAAGCUGGCCCGCCAUAUGGAGAGUGGGACCAUGUUGGCUGUGAAGAUCAUUGCCAGAGGGCACGGGGAUUCCUCUGAAUCCCCACAGGCAAGGGUAGAAGCAGAGAUUAUGAAUUCUCUGCAUCACCCUCACAUUGUGCAGCUAAUGCAGGUAGACUACACUGCAGAAAAAGCCUACCUGUUCAUGGAGUAUAUUAGCGUGGGGGACCUUGGAAAGUUAGUGGCGGUGCGUGGCCACCUUGAGGAAGGAGAAGCGUGUUACUAUUUCAGUCAGACCCUAGAAGUAGUGGAAUACUGCCAUAAGCAGCACAUUGUCCACAGAGAUAUAAAAUUAGAAAAUCUCCUUGUGGACAGAAACAUGUGCAUUAAACUAACUGACUUUGGCUUAAGCAAGAGGCUGACUGAAGGCCAACAACUCAAUUCAUUGUGUGGCAGCUUCGAAUACUGUGCCCCGGAAGAAUUCCUAGGUAAGGAAUUCGACGGGUACAAGGCUGAUGUGUGGAGCCUGGGUGUGCUCCUAUACACCAUGGUGAAAGGGUGGCUGCCCUUUGAAGGGGACAGCUUUGUGUGCCUGAAGGAAGCCAUCCUGGCUGGCUCUUACGUAAUCCCCUCCUCUAUAAGCGGAGAACUGGAGCAGCUGCUGGACUGGCUGAUGACCUGUGACCCUGCUAAGAGGCCCACGGUGGCAGAUGCUAUGGGCCACAAGUGGCUCCGCAUGGAGCAGAAAGGGCCCAAACUGAGUGAAGAUGCAGCCGAACAGUCUCUGAGUUCAACCGAGGACGAGGACAUCAGUGGAAGUGUGGAGAGCCUGAGCUCUCAGGAGGGCCUCAAAGAACAGGACGGCCCCCUGUGGGGACAAGCCCAGCUAAAGGCUUCCCUCAGAGGAGGAGGAAGUGAAAUGUACAUGGGGCUCCCAGGUCCUUUGCAUGUUACUGAAGGUCCGAAAUACCGCUCAGGCCUCCUCUUCCAGCUGGGCCGUGAGGAGGAGGAUGGCUGCUGGUGCCCUGCUCUGAGCUGGGGGAAAUCCCAGGAGGGCUUCAGUGGAGCAGCAAGACCUGAGCUCACUGAAGUGGAGCUUCUAGCAUCUCCGGAGGAUGCUGAGGCCCAAAACUACCUGGUGGAGCUGGGCUUUCAGCUGAGCCAUAAAGCAGCCUCCCUGACACCUAGUCUGCAAGCCAGCGCCAUGUCCCCAGUGCUGCCCGAAGGUGACCAGUCGUCAGGGCUAAAUGCCUGCCAUGGAGCCCGCAGGAUGGACGGUUCCCCACCUGGCAUGAUGAUGAUCCACACUCCUCACCCAGUCCUCAGGUACAACAGUGCUGUGUCCUCUGUGUCCACUCUCAGCACCAGCAACAGUGAGGACCGCAGGUCAGAGAGUCCCCACCCUGUCAUAAGGAGGAGGACCUACAUUCCUGGGCCAGUCCUCAGCUACAACAGCUCCUUGUCCUCCAUAGCCACUAUCAGCUCCAGCAGCAGUAAGGGCUACUUAGCAGACAGGAGCUGUUCCCAGGGAGUGGCAGAGAACGAGAGCCUCCCAGAAAACCAACAGGAUGAGGAGGCGGGGACCUCGCCUGUUAAAGCUGCCAAGAGCAAGGGCCGCCGGGGGAUCUGCAGGAGGAUCGUGAACUGCCUUCUGCGGGUGUGCUGUAUCCUGCCAGACCCAGAGGAAGACCUCUGAAUUCAGAGGAGAAAGGUGGCCCCAUAGCUUCAUGCACUGGAAAUGCCCAAGAGGAAGUUAUGAUCCCUGUCUGGGAGGAGGGAUUGUGGGGAGGCAGUAAGAAAUAACAGGCAGGGAGUGAAGGCAAUGGGUCUCAUAGGAGGAACUAGGAUCAGGCGUCAGACCAGACCACACCACCAGGUCCUGUGUCUCAUGUGCUUAGCAGCUGAUCAGGUGAGCAAAACCUCAUUUCAGUGUCAGGUCAGUACAUUUCUCGGUUGUCACAUGGUUCAAGUAGUCAGCAGAAUAACACUUUUAUUGGUUAGCAUCCAUGACCAUUUGCUAGCCAUCAGAAAAACAGACACCUGACAUUGAAACGCUGUAGGGAAUGCAUCCAUUUAUAAGGACUUACUAUAGAAGCUCCUUUAGAAGAGGCAUAACAUACUGGGGCACAGUGCCAGCCUCAGGUGCCUUUCUCUAUCUGGAUUCUGAGGACAGAGCCACACUGUGUGCAUUCAGCAGAACUUACAGAACCAUAUGCAUAAACAUCUCCCCAAUCUAUAAAAAGUAGAAAAAGGAACAAAGAGACCAGGCCCUGGGACUUCCAAGAGCUGUACAAACCCUGCCUUCACGUCUACAAGGUGUGUGCAGCACAGGGCAAGUAACUCCCAUAUUCUGAGCCCUGGUUACCACUAAAAAAGUUGGGGAGAAGGCUCUGAAAAGUCCUUGUGACAGUUAGUUACUGGAUGUUUGGGAUGGAGUUUCUGGGAUGACAAAUCCAGCCAUGUGCUUGCUCAGGGAAACCCUGCUUGGAUGCAUCCAUCCCCAGGUACGUGUGGAUGAUAAGCCUUCCUUCUAGCAUGAAUGUACUGGGCUCUCAGGUUAUACUCAAAUAGUCCCCCAUCCUGUUUUGGGAUGUGUGCAGGGGCCACUGGCUGCUUGGGGGAUGAUUGGCAGCUGCUGGCCCCAGUGGCCCAUUUAGGUAUGUGAUGUCUGGGGUCACUGUCAAGUCCAGCCUAGUAUUGGCAGCUAUAGUCAAAUUGAGUAACUUUGGUCUACAUUGAUAGAUAUUGGGGGGAUUCUCUUACCUUUUAAAUUAUGCUAAUAAUACAAAACACAAAUGUUACUCUUUUAACCCUUUUUAAGUAUGCAGUAGUGGCAUGAAGAGCAUUCACAUCACCACCACUCCUCUCCUACACAUGAAACACUCCCCAUCCCCCUCCCCAGCCUCUGGCACCCCCAGGUCUACUCCUGUCUCAAUGAAUAGGACAACUCUGUCUCAAGUAUUAUGCAGUAUUUGCUCUCUUUAAAAUUUCAUUAUAUUUGCUCUUUGAGAGGCAGAGAGACAGGCAGAGCUCCCAUCAGCUGGUUCACUCCUUGCAGGCCUGUAAUGCCAAGUACUGGACUGGGCUGAAGCCAGGAGCUGGGAGCUCAAUUCAGGCCUCUCAUGUGCAUGGAAUGAACCCAAUCUCAUGAGCCAUCAGCUGCUACUUCCCUGUCUGCAACAGAAGAAAGUUGGAGUCAGGAGCCAGAGCUGAGAGUGAAACCCAGUAACUCUGACAGGGUACACAGGCAUCUUAACUGCCUGCCCUUGGUGUUUGUCUUUCUGUGGCUGCCUUGUAUUAUCCAGUCCUCAGGGUUCAUGCCUGCAGUAGCAAGUGUCAGAAUAUCCUGCCUUUAAAAGGCUGAAUAAUACUCCGUGGUUCAGUUGGACCACAUUGUUUUCCCACACUCACUUUCUUUUGAUGGUCCCAUGGGUUGUUGGCAUAUUGGGGUAAUGUGAAUAAUGCUGCUGUGAACAUGGGUACAAAUUACUCCUUGAGACCCUGUCUUCAAUUCUUUUAUUAUGUAUGUACUCAUGUAUUUGAAAGACACCGUGACUGAGAGAGAGCUCUGCCUCACUCCCCAGAUGGCCACAGCAGUGAAGGCAGGCCAGGAUAAAGCCAGGAGCCCUGCGCUCCAUCUAGGUCUCCCACAUAGUUGACAGAGGCCCAAAAACUGGAGCCAAAAUCUGUUGCCUUCCCAUGAGUAUUAGCAGGAAGCUGAAUUGAAAGCAAAUUAACCAAGACUGGAACCAGACACUCCAGUAUGGGAUGUGGACCUCCCAAGUGGCAGUUUAAUUGGCUGCACCACAACACCCACCCUGUUUCCAAUUCUUGGAGUCAUAUACCUAGAUAUAUAUACACCUAGAUGUAUAUAUACCUAGAUGGACUACUUGAUAAUUCAAUGUUUAAAAAUUUGGGUGGCAGUUCUCUUUUGUGGUGUAGCAGGUUAAGUCACCACUUGGAACACCCACACUCCAUAUUGGAGUCAGUUCAUGUUCCAGCUGCUCUACUUCCAAUCCAGCUCCCCGCUAAUGCAUCUGGGAAAGACAUGAAGGUUGUCUCAAGUACUUGGGCCCCUGCCACCUACAUGGGAAACCCAGAAGAAGUUCCUGCCUCUGGCCUGGCCCAGCUUGUUUGUUCUGGUCAUUUGGGAGGUGAAGCAGUAGAUGGAGGAGUCUCUCUCUGUCUCUGUCUCUGUCUCUCUCCUCCCACUCCCUGCCACAGACUUUGCCUUUCAAAUCAAUAAAUCUUUUUUUGGUUAUAAGGAAAUUAAGGAAAUAGCUUGAUAUUUAUUUUUAAUUUUUAAAAAAUAUUUAUUAAUUUGAAAGGCAAAUGUACAGAGGCAGAAGCAGAGAGUGAAAGAGAGACAGAGAGAGAGAGAGAGAGAGAGAAUCUUCCAUCUUCUGCUUCACUCCCCAAAUGCUCACAACAGCCAUGGCUGGGCCAGGCUGAUGCCCAGAACUUGGAGCUCCAUCCUGGUCUCCCAAGGGAGUGAAAAGAACUCAAGUAUUUGAGCCAUCACCUGAUGCCUUCCAGGGCACACAUGAGCAGGAAGAUGGAAUGGGAACCUUAACUUAGUCUAGAGUCCAGGCACUUGAAUAUGGAUGCAGACCUCCCAAGUAGUGUUCUAGCUGCUCGGCCCAUUUGGCUGUAACAAUGUUUAAUUAUUUGCUGAACUGUAUCCCAUAGUUUUCUGUUUUAUAUUUGUUAGGAGCACAUCCCAGGUCCUACAAACUCAAGGGUAGGGUGUUGAAAAAGUCAUGGGACAAAGCAGGUAGCUAGGUUCAGACCAUGGAGCUGGAAGUCACUGAGCCCCUGCCCAUGCAGUUCUAGCCUACUUGUCCACCAAACAACCCUUCCUGGGACACAUCUCCUUUCCUGUGAUCUGAGGGUGAGGGGCCAAGUGAGUAGCCACUUUCCUUCCAACCUAACACACCAGCAACACUGGGAAAAACAAGCUCUUCAGCUGGAGACCAGGACAGAAGGAGGUGCUACCACUCCUAUUCCCCUCCCCCAGCUGUUUAUGCUGCUGGCCACUCCCCAGUAUGCCCAUGCAUAUUUGUUCUUUCACCUUUCUAAUAAACUUCCUCAUUCUGGGCAGUGUAUAUGUGCCUGUUCUUAGAAUGCCUCUCUAAAAGAAGGCACAGACCUGGAAUACACAUUCAGCCCCACUUACUCCACUUCUUAUGGGUGAGCCAGCCAGGUGUCUGAGAAAGCCCAACAGUGAACUGAAAAGGCAACAGUGGUAAAUAAAAUUCAAUUUGUCUCUGUCUCAGCUGUACUAAGCCUUUACCUCCUUGUGAAAAUUCAAAAGUGUCUCCCUCAGCCUCACUGCUCUUGAUCUCAGGCAUCUGUUAAGAUGCAGUUGGGGGCACCUUUUUCCUAAGUUCGUAGCUAUAGAGGAUGAAAGGUGACUAUGAAAUGUGUUUGUAAGGAGGAUCUGGACAGAGAAACGGGAUAAGAGUCAGCCAGUUUGUGGCCAUGUGCCCAAAAUCUGUGUUUCUAGCUUGUAGUGUUUUUAAAAUUCAUUCUCGCUGCUGAAAAACCUGGAACUCAGCAUUUAGUUUCUACUAGAUGCAAUACACCUAGCUGAAAAGUUCUGUCUUAAGAUUUUGAGUCAUGGUGUUUUCCUUAUUAAGAUGGGCAGUUGGGCCAAGCAACUCACCUUUCGCUAGCAAACGUCUCUUCAGCUGACUGGAGUGGUCCUCAAAACAGGUGUGCAAUGUAUAUGUGCCACACCCCCUGUCAGCAGGUGGUACUUCCUAACAAGGCAGGAGUUCCUCAUCAGGAGCCGAGGGAGGGACUUUGCCCAACCAUGGAAGCCUCAAGUGUGGCUUCAGUUUUUCAGUGGAAGCUGGAAAUGGACCCCACUUGACUUUGGUGGACCCCAUAGCUAGUGCAAGCCAUGUACCUAGUCAGCAGCACUACAAUUUAUCUUAACUUUAUGCUGGUUUCUGCUGCCCUGGAAUACACAUCCGGGUACGGGUUUCAAUGCUACCUGAGGUCACAAGCUCUAGAUAUGCUGGUCCUAGCCCCAGAGAAUGUUCAGGGCUCAGAAGCUUCAGGGCUUACAAACUCUAGCAGCUGAUCUUCAGGCAUAGGCUGUGUUAUUUUUACAACCCAGGAGCUUUUCCUCCUGGCAUGUGGAACAGUGCCCCACUAGAGAUCAGUUUCUUACAGAGAUGACAUCCCAUAAGCUCAUGUUGGAUGCUGGGAAAAUGCCCCAAUUAUACAUGCGUUUGCUCCCGAGUGGGUUGGCACCUUUGUGAAAGCAGCAGCACUCUUCAAAUGGCCAGCUUAUGUAAGGCAUGCUCAUUCAGACAAUUUAACAGGGGCAUUGGGCAAUGAAGAUACCCUUAGAUAUAAAUCAACCCACAGGGAGCCCUGGAGGCAGACUGCUUAAAACUGAAAACCUCAAAUUGGGGUAUAAAAACUUUGUAAUGUAUCCAAUACAACUAAUACAAGGGAUCUGAAUCACAUGUAUAAGCGUAACAAGGUUUGUCUUCUCAGGUUCUACAGAAACUUCAGCUGUAUAUGAUUCCUCAUUCGUCCCUGUGGACUCACUCCUAAGGGUACAGUUUCAAAAACCUCUAGAAAAUUGAGAUACCGAGUGGUUUACUGACGGCAGUAGUUACAUGAAGUACAGAGUUAAAAGGCAGGUUAUGCCAUGGUGGGUCUUCCUCAGGUCAUACAAUCUCAGACAUUGCCAACUAGCACUUGAUUGCAAAAGGCCAAACUUACUGCUUUAACUAGAGCCUUGCAAUGAGGGAAGAGCUAAUGAGUUAAUAUGUAUGGGCUCCAGUUUGUUUUCCUUGGGUUCCAUGCACAUGGAGCAAUUUGGAAAGGAAGAGCCCUCCUGACUGCAAAGAACUCCCAUUAAAUAAGGAGAAGAGAUGUUAGCUGUCCUUCAGUAGUACUGGAGUCUUCAGAAAGUGGUUGUCAUUCACUGCAGGGGACACAAGAAAGCCUGAUAGCCAUGCUAUUCAGGGAAAUGUGCUAGCAGAUAAGGCAGCAAAAGUCGCUGCUGCACAGCAGGUUCUAGAAAUAGCUUUACUACCUGAGCUUUUUGGUCACUAAAUAUCCUCACUGCAUGAGCCCUGUCAUAGAAUCAUCUCCUCAACCAGGCUACAUGAAGGAUGCCAGUGGAGGUAGGCAUUCAGUCAUAAGGCCAUGUGCUGAAUGGAGGAUUGUUAAUAUAUGACUCUCACUGUUUUGGAAGAGGCAGUUUAAUGCCAGGAGUUCCUUGGGUAUUUGGAGGGUAAAGGCUGCAUACUGUCAUAAAGACAAUACCUCAGCAUGUGGUUUAGGUUUUUCUUAUCUCCAUGCCCCUUGGAGACCUUAGUCAUCAAAUAAACUAAAAAAGCUAAUCAUCAUAUUCUUCAGAUAAUCCUGGCUAAGCUUUGCCAAGAGACCUCAGAAACAUGCCUUAAAUUCUUACCUAUUGCCCUCAGGAUGAAAGUGGCACCUAAGGCUGUUUAACUAAAAUGCUCUAUAAAAAGGUCGUCUUCACCUCUGACACUCUCUUUGACUCAGGGAUACAGGAUCAGAUAACAGUUUAUUAUUAAUCUUUUUCCUGUACAAGAGGCUAAUGGACUGUGGUAAUAAAAUUCUCACAGUGCCAGGUCCCAAAAGUCAUGAAUAGCCUGUCCCCGGGAGACCAAGGCUUAAGAGACACUUGGAGCAAAGACUCUUCCUCUGAUCCACAGCAGCCGAAAUGAAAGGGAUCCUACCAGGUGCUCCUCAGCACUCCUACUGAAGUCAAAUUCAGGGCAUCCCAAGCUGGGUAUAUUUGUCAAGGAUCUCAGUUCUACCUCUUUAGUCUUCACAGGUGCACACAGAGAACAAGUCUGCUCACUCUUGUGAAUGCAUCGAAGAUCUCGAAUACAUCUUCAAAGGGCAAAAGGCUUCUCAAAAUGAUGAUGACCAUGCGGGGCAACAGCGAUUGGCCGUGACAGAUGAAAAUUUCCCAGCUCAUGAGAUGGAUCGAUUAGAUGAGAUAAGGAGAGGUUUCCGAACCCUGGAUAGGUAGGGACAACGCCCCUGGCCAGCAGGAAGUAGCUACAGAAGACGGAUCAUCAUCCUUCAGCACCCCCUUAAGAUGAAGGGUCGGAAAUCUCUGCAGGGGGAUGAGAUGGGAUAAGGCAGGUAGCUAGCUUAGGGCCACAGAGCUGGAAGUCCCAAGUCCCAAGCCCUCGCCCCGUGUAAUUCUAUCCUACUUGUCCAAUGAACUGCCCCUUCCUGGGGCAUGUUUCCUUCUGGGUGGGGCACGUGCCAUGUGAAUAGCCACCACACUUCUACCUGAAAAGCAGCCAGCACUGGAAGAAGUGUGUCCUGCUCUUGGGAGAUGGAUGCUGAGGUGCUCUCUCUCCACUUCUCCUCUCACAUCCGUUUUCUCCUGGCCCACUCCCCACCCACACUCACGUUUCCUUGCUUUAUCACCCCUUAAAUAAAUGUUAUCGUUUU